UGCGCUGCCGGCGCACUUGGAGCCCGGCGGGGACCGGGAGGCAGAGGCGGGGCGGUCCUGGGUCCGAGUGCUGGAGCUGAACAGGACUCCGGGGCCAAACUUCCACCCUGGCACCGGGAAGCAGAGCGCGCGCCCCGGGCGGCUUCCAGCCCUUCUCGCGUCCUGGCCCCGGACCCGCCGGCAGCGGAGGGGACUGAAGCCGCGGCCAGGCCAACUCCGAGGCAGGGACGCAGCGACGGCAACUUAAGGCCCAGAGGGAUGUGAAGGCCCAAAAUGACCCUGUUACCGGGAGACAAUUCUGACUACGACUACAGCGCCCUGAGCUGCGCCUCAGACGCUUCCUUCCACCCGGCCUUCUUCCCACAGAGCCAGGGCAUCAAGGGCGUGUUCUACCGCCGGGCGCAGCGGCUGCGGCCGCAGGAACAGCCCCACAAGGGCUGCCAGCCCGAGGACCGCCGGCGGCAGAUCAUCAUCAACGUGGGCGGCAUCAGGUACUCGCUGCCCUGGACCACGCUGGACGAGUUCCCGCUGACGCGGCUGGGCCAGCUCAAGGCCUGCACCAACUUCGACGACAUCCUCAACGUGUGUGAUGACUACGACGUGACCUGCAACGAGUUCUUCUUCGACCGCAACCCCGGGGCCUUCGGCACCAUCCUGACCUUCCUGCGGGCCGGCAAGCUGCGGCUGCUACGCGAGGUGUGUGCGCUGUCCUUCCAGGAGGAGCUGCUGUACUGGGGCAUCGCCGAGGACCACCUGGACGGCUGCUGCAAACGCCGCUACCUGCAGAAGAUCGAGGAGUUCGCCGAGAUGGUGGAGCACGAGGACGAGGACGACCCGCUGGACAGCGAAGGCCCCGACAGCGACAGCCCGCCCGAGGGUGAGGGCCGCCUGGGUCGCUGCAUGCGGAGACUACGCGACAUGGUGGAGAGGCCACACUCGGGGCUGCCCGGCACCCCCCCCCCCUGCCUCUCAGUGCUCUUUGUCACCGUCACUGCGGUCAACCUGUCUGUCAGCACCUUGCCCAGCCUGAGGGAGGAGGAGGAGCAGGGCCAGUGUUCCCAGAUGUGCCACAAUGUCUUCAUCGUGGAGUCGGUGUGCGUGGGCUGGUUCUCCCUGGAGUUCCUCCUGCGGCUGGUGCAGGCGCCCAGCAAGGGGCUCACGGCCCGCCGCUGCACGCGCGAGUUCGGGCUCCUGCUCCUCUUCCUCUGCGUGGCCAUCGCCCUCUUUGCCCCGCUCCUCUACGUCAUCGAGAACGAGAUGGCAGACAGCCCCGAGUUCACCAGCAUCCCCGCCUGCUACUGGUGGGCUGUCAUCACUAUGACGACAGUGGGCUACGGCGACAUGGUCCCCAGGAGCACGCCGGGCCAGGUGGUGGCGCUCAGCAGCAUCCUCAGCGGCAUCCUCCUCAUGGCCUUCCCGGUGACCUCCAUCUUCCACACCUUCUCCCGCUCCUACCUGGAGCUCAAGCAGGAGCAGGAGCGGGGCAUGUUCCGCAGGGCGCAGUUCCUCAUCAAGACCAAGUCGCAGCUGAGCGGCAUGUCCCAGGACAGUGACAUCUUGUUUGGAAGUGCCUCCUCGGAUGCCAGAGACAACAACUGAGCCCCCGGGACGUGGGACCUGCCUGCCACCUGAGGCUCCAGGCUGUAGACGCCCGGCCCUACAGACGCGGAGGGGCCGGCCCAGGAAGGACGCGCGGUCCGGUCCUAGAGGGGCCAGCAACCUCACAAAGGGGCUGGGCCCUCAUCGGAGAGAAACAAGCUGGGCCCUGAGCCCCGCCCCAGCCCUGGCUGUUACCCCGCCCUCCAGGCCCCACCCCUUGUCUGUUCCCUGAACAAGGAGGUGGUGGCUUGUUCUUUUUACCACCUGAAUAAUCAUCCCCCGCAAAAACUUGCUUCACCAGUUUGCUUGGAGAAAGAGAUACGAACAGUCCAGCCGCAAUGAUGUGUUUGUACUGUAGGGUCCCCACGGAGGCGCCCCAGGAAAGAGAAAAUGCCCUCCAUGGGCGUUUUUGGUUUUUUAAUUCGCUAUAGUGUGUGCACUCUCUGGAGACAGAAGGUGGGAAAGCAGACCCCAGGGGGACAGCCACGCAGCAAUCCCUUUUCCUCACUCAGAGUAUUUUCCAAGCCACCGGGUCCAGGACUCAAACCACACAGCUGGCCAUGUGGGAUCCAGCCACCUUAACUUCCACGCCACCUGACUGGCGCCCCCGGCUCUCUUAGAAGAGGGAGUGAGGCUUCUCGGCCAGGCCAGCUGCUUGGUACUGGGUGUGAAAGGGCUGUUUCCACAAGGCGGUCAGGCAGGUGCGGCACUGUGGGCUUGGCAGAAAAGGGAGAGAACAGACGCUUUUAGGAAAAUUGCCAAUAAAUCUGUAUUUCCCUCUCUCGUUUCUCUUUGAUUCCUCCCCUCCCCCCACACACAGGCCUUUCUCCCUUUUCCCUUCUCUCUCGUCCUCUGUUCUCUUUAUAUCACAAGGCCCGUUUCUUUUUUUCCCUCAGGUGCCCCGUAGCAGCCGAGAGGAUGCCAAAGAUGGCGUCAGUGUUGCUAACUA